CUGUCUGUCUGUCUGUCUGUCUGUCUGUCUGUAGCCUAUGUCUUUAUAUCCAUCUGUCUGUCUUUCUGCCUGUUUAUAAAUCACGAUGGCUUAUUGAAAAUCUAUCUUAGUGAUAAGCUCCGGAGCAAACAGGCAGGAGGUGUUUGUCGAGAUUGACAUGGCUCCGCGGUGACAACUGGAGUGUUUUUACACCUCCUUUCUAAAUAAGGCAGCGGCCCGUCAAGCAUAUGACCACCGGUCCAAUUUGGGAGCUGCCAAAGAGUCCAUCACGUCCCCUUCUCUCCUGUGAGAUCUCACUCUCCUCGGGCUCUUCGAAUACCGCCGCUGCGUAUGAAGCGCGCAUCGAUCGCGACCACUUUCCACAUUACAGAGUCUGAGUCAACGGUCCGGCGGCAGCAGCACUGAGAUCGGCGUGAUGUCAUCCCGCGGGUGGGUGACGUCAUCGUGAAGGUCUCCCCGGCAAGGUGAGCUUGCAUUUUUGGCGAGUGUGUGUGGUGCUCCCCACGCCAGCGUUUGGCCACCGAGAGAGGUGAAACAUGGUCAUCAUCGCCACCAGCUCAAGCUCCGCCGCCCUGCACUUCUCAUCUACCGAGGGGCUUAUUGCGUUACACGCCCGCAGCCCCGACCUGCCUUCCAAAAAUAAGCCCCUGCCACCAUGCCGAAAGAAGAAAAACAAGAGUGGUAUUUUUAGGGUCAUUAAUUUUGACCACGUGCCCCGAGGGUAAACCGGAUGGCCACUGCGCAAAGGCUCCUCACCAGUAUGUGCGAGACCAGCAGGCGCUGGACUGCGUUUCUUCUGCUUGGCUUUCUGCUUGGAAUCGCGUACUCCUACCCCAUCUCGAACAGGACUAAUGCAACCCCACUGGAGAAAAGGUGGGAGACGCUGUUCUCCCGCUCCGUUUUGGGGAUCUCGAUGGAGAAAUCGGAGCUGAACUGGGAGAAUGACUAUUUGAUGGGUAUUAAGAGAGUGCGGAGGCUGUACUGCAACGUGGGCAUCGGGUUUCACCUGCAGGUCCUCCCAGAUGGAAAGAUCAGCGGUGUACAUAAUGAGAACCAGUACAGUCUGAUAGAAAUCUCAACUGUAGAGAGAGGGGUGAUUAGUCUGUAUGGCGUGAAGAGCGAGCUGUUUGUCGCGAUGAGCAGUCGCGGAUGGUUGUACGGAACGAGGGUCUUCCGUGACGAGUGCAAGUUCAAGGAGACGCUGCUGCCCAACAAUUACAACGCAUACGAGUCUUCCAUUUACAAGGGCUUUUAUAUCGCCCUCAGCAAACAUGGCCGCUUGAAGCGAGGCUACAAGGCCUCCCCAGCAAUGACUGUCACACAUUUCCUUCCACGUUUAUGAGCGGAACUGGCAAUAACACAAUAAUUUGCACAUGUCGGAUGUUCUGGUGGGGAACCUAAACCUAAGGUUUAUCGCAAAGAACAAAAAAUAACACUUACAGUAUUUAUUCUCGUUGAAAUGGUAAUAUAUGUAUAUUUCGGUAGCUUACUUUGUGUCUGAACUUUGUGUAAAUGCCAUUCUUUGCUGCUUAUGGUUUCUGUUAUGACUAUGUGAGAGUCGAGGUGCUUUAUGGGUGCUUGGUGUGAACUUUAGCCUGUCAUAGGAACGAGCAACAUCCUCAGCUUUUAAUACUUUUUAUUAUACCUCAAAGAAUCUCUAUACCACCAUUUAAGAUGAAAGCACUUAUUUUCUGCAUUUAUUCCUGUUUUAUGAUUCGGUGGUGCCUUAGCUACUGAUUUUUCGGCUCGUUUUAUUUGUAUGCAAUGAAGACAUGCCACUGUUUUGACUUCAUAGGUCUAUCAAUCAGUCUGGCAGGCCGUAACCUCAGUUAAGAUUAGUUUGUGUUCUAUAUUUAUAUCAGACGACUUGCAUGGAUCUUUAUUGGUACCCAGAAAAACGUUUACAGUUUAUCUGGUAUGCAUUUGAACUCUUUAAUCUUUUACAUUUUGUCAUAAAUACCUUUUCAUUUUCUGGUCCUUGGCGGCUACUACAAGACAGUGACUGAUAUCCAGUGAGGUGUUAGCAAUUUGAUCUCACCAACAUGCUGACUGCAUACUUGAACUUUGCCUCAAAGGUCUUUGGAAUGUAAAAACCAAUGUGAAAUCUGUCUUAAUUUCUUUAAGAUAACCUCAUUAUUCAUGCUUAAAUACCCAAACACCUGAUUUCAAACAGAUUUCUUCUGUAUUUUUACGCAUUCCCAUUCGCUAGCUUAUACAGUAUGCCCAUUUUAAGGGCGGUUAGGUCUAGAUUAAGCCAGGACUAAGCCGUAGUUAGGCUAUAUUAGGACAUUUAAAGGGGUCAUAUGAUGCGAUUACAUGUUUUCCUUGUCUUUGGGUCUCUUUUCUAAAAGUAAAACGUCUCAGUCAAAUGCACCCACAUAUCUACGCCACUAUGUGGGAAGAUUACAUCGCCCAAAUAUAUACACAAAGAAAGAAGCCAUAACGUUUAUUCGUGCUUUAGUAUUGUUGCCACCGCCGGCAUGUCGUGGAGAUGCUGUGCUUUGGAAGCUAAAAUCCCAAAUAUGUUAAAGGGUAUAACAAGUCCUUCACAUGCUUAAAAGGCGGGGUGCAUGAUUUUUGAAAAACACUUUGGAAAAGGGAGUCGGGCCGACUACCAAAACACACUUGUAGCCAAUCAGCAGUAAGGGAGCCAAUCAGUCUACUAACGGACAUCGUUGCCUGGGUUGCGUAUGUGUGGGGCGGGCCUAUCAAAAGAAGGUCCAGAUUCUAUUGGGGUAGGGGCGUGUUUGUUUGGGGAUUUCAAAUAUCAACAUUGGCUUUCAGAGAUCAUCCACCCACCCUUUAAGGGUAUUCGGCCAAUCACAACGCACUGGAUAGCUGGCCAAUCAGAGCACACCAAGCUUUUCAAAAAUCAAUAGGUGUGUUCAAGUUCAUGCAUGCAGACCGAUCAGCGAGGUUUGGCGCUUGCAGUUGAGGGAGGAGUUAAAGACGCAGCCGUCAAGUCGGACACCUGCUGCUUGUCGUAGUGACGUGUGCGCCUUUUUUAAGUUGGGAAUGAAGUGAAUUAGAUGGUGAAUUUGUCAAAAAACAAAUCUUUUAAUAAAAGUUGCAACCAGAAUUGCUUAAAUUGAAUACUUCAGUUGCUGUUUAUACUGUAUGUGCGAAAAUAACGGGAAGCAUAAGCCUAGAUUAUUAAAAUACCAAUAGAGUUUCGUCUUUCGCUACUUUCGUUUAUAUAUUUUUUUACAUGGCACAAUAUAACAUAUUCAGGCUAUCGAGUUUGACUUGUUAAUAAAACAUGAAUUUAUAGGGCCCUAUUUUAACGAUUUUAGCACAUUGUCUAAAGCGCACGGUCUAAACGGGCAUGUCCAAUUCCACUUUUGCUAAUUUAACAACGGGAAAAAUGGUUUGUGCACCGAGCGCACGGUCGAAAAGGGUUGUUCCUAUUCUCCUAAUGAGUAAUGGGUGUGUUUUGGGCGUAACGUGCAAUAAACCAAUGAGAGUCUUAUCUCUCAUCCCCUUUAAAAGCCAGUUGCGCUGGCACUAUGUCUAAUCCCUAUUUAGAUGACGGACUUUGUAAACUGAAAAACUAAGCGGAGGAAGAAGACCCCCAGUUUAAGAAAAAUGUUAAAAAAGUGGGUUGUUUUAAUUUUUAUUGAAAUUGUUAUUUUUUGGAUUAAAACCUUUAAAAGCCGUUUUCUUUCAGUCAUAGAAGUAAAAAUAGCAGGCUUUUAAUUGCUGUUAAUGUAUUGAUAUCCUACAUAAUCAUUGCAAUCUCAUAAAACAAUUUGCAAAUAUGCAAGAAAAUGUACUCUGAAAAUACUUUAUUUGUAACAAACAAGAGAUAAAGAAUUUACAAACGUGCGGAGAGCCGUUUCAGCACUCGGACAGCGCAAUAGUUUUUUUUUUUAAAAGCAUUACUUAAAAACGGUUCUCAUCUCAUCAUAUCCACAGGUACAGAGUCAUCAUAUACAAUAAAUCCAUGGAGUAGCAUUUAAAAAACCAUUAAAAAAUAGAUGCAUUUGUUUAAAGCAAAGCAUUUAUUUACUUACCAGGCUACAGUUGAAGCAGCUCUUUACGCCUUCUAAUGUCUCAUAAUCGGUCCUCAUUUAUGUCCAAGAGACUCAAUAAUAAUCUUUUACAUUUUAAUCCUUUAAUUUUUCAUAUUUAAAAGCUUUUUGUGCUGCUGCACAUCCACGUGUGUUAAGCAAACCCACGUUGUCGUCCUGUUUAUAUAUUACUAAAGCGCUCAUUAAAUAACAAAAAACAUAUUGCGCCACUGACUUUAGACCAGGUUUUAGUUGGUCAAUGGCGUAGUCUAUUUUAGUUGCCUCAAAAUAGCAACGCGCCAACAAUGCGCCUUUACACACCUCGUUUUCAGACCAGAACGCCCAUGGGUGCAACAUUGGGCGCAAAUGCAUUGCUAUUUAAACAACGUAACGCUAAACGUAAAAAUGAUCAUUGCGCCGGGUUGAAACUAGCAAAAGACACUUGCGUCGCACAUUGCGCUGGGUGUAUGAUAGAACCCUUAAUGUUUAUUAGUGGAACUGAUAACACGGUCUCACACCCAUGGCGUCAAUAUUUGACGACACUUGACCAUGCGUCAAUAUGUUGACGCGGAGGGUAUACCUUUCGCGUCAUUUUUUGACGAACUGGGGACUUCAAUACUAUUAGGUACGCGAAAUUAAACAGUUGUCGCCUGGCAUUGGGGUUAGGGUUAGGUUUGGGUAGGGAUGUCAUUAUGUAAAUCUAACCCUAAACCGACGCGAAAAUGGUAGAAAAUGGUAAGAAAAUAGGAAAGAGAAUGCAACGGACUUAAUAGUAUUGAAGUCCCCAGUUCGUCAAAAAAUGACGCGAAAGGUAUACCCUCCGCGUCAGCAUAUUGACGCAUGGUCAAGUGUCGUCAAAUAUUGACGCCAUGGGGUGAGACUGGGUUGGAACUGAAUGUUAAAUUAAACAUAAAAUGCACGGGAUCGUUGUCAUCAGUGAGGCGACCAAUCAUGAAGAGCUGUGUCGUCAUCAGCUCUUGGAGCUCUCAUGGUACUUUGAUACAGUACGUCACAGUCACGUGCUUUUAGGGCCAGCUCAAGUCGGACAAAAUCUUUAACCGGCAUGCACUGCUUCAAGUCAGCCGCCGAUUGGUCUGUGCAGCGUCGCAUGAAGUCGAACACACCUAAUGUGUCUCAGAAAAGCGAAGCUUAAACCUUAAACCAUGUAAACACAUUGCAUUAGACCACAUACACCAAAUAAUGUUCUUUUAAGCAACAUUAUAUGACCCCUUUAAGUAGUUUUACAGCAUACUACUUUUUGGUGCAUGCUGUUUGUUAGUUAAGACAUCUCAAGCAUGCAUUUUAGUCCUGGACAAGACUUAAGCCCUGCGGGAAACCAUCCCUUAGAGUUAAGGCAAUUGCAAAUGUAAUUAUAAAUUCUAGUCAAAGAAAGGCAAAGGCUUUCAUUUGUGAAUAAUGUUCAACUCAAAAUGCAACAAUGAAGAUCUCUUUGUUUGCCUGCCUAGCACACUUGUUUCCUAAGUCAUGUCAGAACAGGUUGGAUUUCUAUGUUACAGCCAUAAUGUGCAACGUGAAUGAAAGGUUUUGCUUAUACCUGCAUUCUCUCUUGCAUUAUUGGGAUUUAGUUGUGCAGAAUAAGAAUUGACAUUAACAUUUUGAGUUAUUUAUAAUAGAAAGAUUAAGGAUAUUAUUUUUUACGGCUGGGAGGUUUGAGACAGGUACACUGAUACUGUAUUUAUGUGUUAAUACAAUGUGAUCAAGAAUGAUGACUUUUCUCUUAAAGGGAAAGUGUGUAAUUUCUGCAUUAUGGAUUUUCAGUGUUUAAAAAAUUUUGGUUUGUUUUUGCUAGUGGCAGAAAUUACACACUUCACCUUUAAAUAAACAUGGUCACUUUUCAGUAAACUUUCUUAUCAAUUUUAUUGUGUUUAAAAGUAUGGACUGUGUAUUAUAAGUUGGAUCUUGAUAAAGCUAUUGAUUUGAUUUAAAAUACUUUGUACCCCAAAUAUAGGCAUGCAAUGUGACUGCUCUGAUAAAAAAUGUCAAAAUGACUUAUUUUUAUGUAUGUAAUGAACUAUGUUAAUUUAUUGAUAUUUAUCUACACUAUACCCUAUCCUUCGGAUCUCUUUAUACUUAGCAAACUUUUGCAUGGUUUUGAUGCAAAAUGUAUGCCACAAAUGUAUUCAAGUUAAGCCCUCUAAACAAAACACCGGUUUCUCAUGCAAGUUCCACCAGAGUUUUGAUUGUACUGUACUUUAUCUCCAGCUUAAAAUGGGCCCCGUUUGUGGCUGUAAGGGGUGGUGCAUGUGUGCGUGUCCUCGUAUGUAUGCAUUUGUGUUCUUUCUCAGUUUUGUAUUCCUGCACAGAGGGGCGAACGCCCCCUCCAAAUUUCCCUCCUAUUUUCUAACAUAUACCUCACCUUCUGCCUUAGUUCCAAUUUGUUAAAAUGAUUGUACGAUUUGUUGGAGACGACAAACUUUUUGCCAAUCAUUUGUUCUCUGAAAAAAAGUGAAAAGUAAGAAUUCUAAUAUAUUAAGAAAAUGUUUCCUUUUAUUUUUAUACGUAUAUGUGCUGUGCACAGCAGCCAAAUGUAUUACUGAAAUGAAAAUAAAAGGUUGUUUUUUA